CCGGCGGCUGCCGUUCUCCUCAGCGCUCCGUCGUCGUGCCCCUCGUGACCCCCCCGGUGCCCCCCGGUGCCCCCGCCGCCAUGGGCAAGAGAGACCGAGCGGAGCGCGACAAGAAGAAGUGGAAGCGGCGGCCGGGCGGGGGCGGAGGCGGGGACGAGGAAGAUGAGGACGAUGACGAGGCCGCGGGCGGCGAGGCGCGGGAUGCCAUCCCCUCGGCCGCCGGGAAGCAGGUGGACGAGGCGGGCACCAAGCUGGAUGAGUACGGGGCCAAGGACUACCGCCUGCAGAUGCCGCUCAAGGAGGACCACGCCUCGCGCCCGCUCUGGGUGGCUCCGGACGGCCACGUGUUCCUGGAAGCGUACUCGCCGGUGUACAAGUACGCGCAGGACUUCCUGGUGGCCAUCGCGGAGCCGGUGUGCCGGCCCAGCCACGUCCACGAGUACAAGCUGACGGCCUACUCCCUGUACGCGGCCGUCAGCGUCGGCCUCCAGACCGGCGACAUCACCGAGUACCUGCGCAAGCUCAGCAAGACCGGAGUCCCCGACGGCAUCGUCCAGUUCAUUAAGCUGUGUACCAUUAGUUACGGCAAGGUCAAAUUAGUGCUAAAGCACAACAGGUAUUUUGUGGAGAGCAGCCACCCCGAUGUGAUUCAGCAGCUCCUCCAAGACCAGGUCAUCCGGGACUGUCGCCUCCGCAACGCCGAGGGAGAGGAGACGGGGCUCAUCACCGAGACCUUCACCAGCAAAUCCGCGAUCGCCAAGUCGAGCGAAGGAGGCGGGGGGCCCUCCACCUCCCAAGGAGCCGAGGGGCAGGCCAAGCCCGGCGUCCCGGCCGACCUGUUUGAGUUCUACGAGCAGAUGGACAAGGACGAGGAGGAGGAGGAAGAGACGCAGACGGUGUCUUUCGAGGUCAAGCAGGAGAUGAUCGAGGAGCUGCAGAAGCGCUGCAUCCACCUGGAGCACCCGCUGCUCGCCGAGUACGACUUCCGCAACGACUCCGUCAACCCGGACAUCAACAUCGACCUGAAGCCCACCGCCGUCCUCCGGCCUUACCAGGAGAAGAGCCUCCGAAAGAUGUUUGGGAACGGCCGGGCCCGGUCCGGCGUCAUCGUCCUCCCCUGUGGAGCGGGCAAGUCCCUGGUGGGCGUGACGGCGGCCUGCACGGUGAGGAAGCGCUGCCUGGUGCUGGGCAACUCGGCCGUGUCGGUGGAGCAGUGGAAGGCCCAGUUCAAGAUGUGGUCCACCAUCGAUGAGAGCCAGAUCUGCCGCUUCACCUCGGACGCCAAGGACAAGCCCAUCGGCUGCUCGGUGGCCGUCAGCACCUACUCCAUGCUGGGCCACACCACCAAGAGGUCCUGGGAGGCCGAGCGCGUCAUGGACUGGCUCAAGACCCAGGAGUGGGGGCUCAUGAUCCUCGACGAAGUCCACACCAUCCCCGCGAAGAUGUUCCGCCGCGUGCUGACCAUCGUGCAGGCCCACUGCAAGCUGGGCCUCACGGCCACCCUCGUCCGGGAAGACGACAAGAUCGUGGACUUGAACUUCCUCAUCGGGCCCAAGCUGUACGAAGCCAACUGGAUGGAGCUCCAGAACAACGGCUACAUCGCCAAGGUCCAGUGCGCCGAGGUGUGGUGCCCGAUGGCUCCUGAGUUCUACCGGGAGUACGUGGCCAUCCAGACCAGGAAGCGCGUCCUGCUGUACACCAUGAACCCCAACAAGUUCCGGGCCUGCCAGUUUCUCAUCAAGUUCCACGAGCGGAGAAACGACAAGAUCAUCGUGUUCGCCGACAACGUCUUCGCCCUGAAGGAGUACGCCGUCCGGCUGAACAAGCCUUACAUCUACGGCCCCACGUCCCAAGGAGAGAGGAUGCAGAUCCUGCAGAAUUUCAAGCACAACCCGAAGAUCAACACCAUCUUCAUUUCCAAGGUGGGAGACACGUCCUUCGAUUUGCCCGAAGCCAAUGUUCUGAUUCAGAUCUCUUCCCACGGUGGAUCCCGGAGGCAAGAAGCCCAGCGACUGGGAAGGGUCCUCCGGGCCAAGAAAGGAAUGGUGGCCGAGGAAUACAACGCCUUCUUCUACUCCCUCGUGUCCCAGGACACCCAGGAGAUGGCCUACUCCACCAAGCGCCAGAGAUUUCUGGUCGACCAAGGCUACAGCUUCAAGGUGAUCACGAAGCUUGCGGGCAUGGAGGAUGAAGAGCUGGCCUUCUCCACCAAAGAGCAGCAGCAGCAGCUUCUGCAGAAGGUCCUGGCCGCCUCCGACCUGGACGCCGAGGAGGAGGUGGUGGCUGCCGGAGAAUCCGGCUUCAAGUCCGCCCAGAUGUCCCGGCGGUUCGGCACCAUGAGCUCCAUGUCGGGGGCCGACGACACCGUCUACAUGGAGUACCAGACUUCCCGCAGCAGAGCCGCCGCCGCCGCCAACAAGCACAUCCACCCGCUUUUCAAACGCUUCCGCAAGUGACCGUGGGGCCCCCGCCGGGGACCGGCUCGGGACGGGCCGACGGACGGAUGGGACCGGCUCGGGACGG